AGAAACCUGUGUUUUCUCACUACAAUAUCUGCCUUGUAUGCGGAUAUUUCAAAUACGAUUAUAUAGAGCUGCACUUCGAGCUCCGAUCCAGUUCGUAAGUGAGUCACAGCUGUUUGCUUAUCAGAACUGGCCCAUUCCCAAACGUUCCAUUUCCAUUGCCAUUGUAAAACGCAGCCAAAAACAGUAUAAAAUUAAAUUAAAACCAUUAAAAGUGCUUUGUGUUGCUCAAAAUGUGGAGUUAGGGAUGCCGCACACCAGUAGCCUGGUAAUAAAGCCCUAUUAAGGAUUCACUGCCGCCAGCAGAGGGCUAAUUGAGUGUCGUGAUGAAAGUUUAAUCGAUUGUUGACCGAAUUAAAAAUAAGCCAAACAUUUGCUAAACUACAGUGCUAAGCGGAAGUUAAAGCCAUGCUAUAUAGGAUCAAGCAACUGGAAGAGACUGCAACCUGAAUCCCGGCUAUAGGAUACGACGAAUGCGGUGUGGGUGUGGCUUAUAGCACACACAUGUGUUGGCGUCCGUGAAUAUUGGCUGGUAUAUGCUAUAAGGGAAUCGCCACCAGACAUGCGGCUGGACACUCAACUGACCAACGGAAAAGCAAUAACUAGCAACUAGUAAUUAGGGGGAUACCACGUUAACUUGCAUCGACUGCGUUUUAGCCAUGUUUUCGGACGACACCGAUGAGUUGGACACCAUCGCCGAUGUGAUGGGACUCCGGUCACAGGCGCGUCUCAAUACCUUUCGCGAGAUGUGGUACCAUGUGUUUCUGUGGGCCCUGUUCUCCUCCAUUUUCAUCCACACCUGCGCCGCCGUCGUGGCCUUCUUCACACUCCGGAAGCACAAGUUCGGACGUUUCUUCUCGAUCCUGAUCCUGGUCAUGGGAUUCCUGUCGCCGGCGUCGAGUGGCAUCAUCAGCAGUGCGGUCAUCGCCUUUGUUCAUCGCGCCUCCAGUCUGCCAAUGUCACCCAUAUACGCCAUGAUCUGGGGCCUCGGACAGACCAUCGUCUCCGCCUGCCUGGGAUUCACCCGGAUUCUGGCCACGCUGUAGAGCACGGACUGAAGUUUUUCAUUGCCCAUGGCCACCACUUCAUUCUCCUCAUCGCGCCUAAUCCAAUGUUCACAGAGUUCCGUCAUCCGAACGGACAUAUUAUCAAUUCUUCAGGUGUGCAAACCACAAUUAAUUGAAUUCAUAGUUAUGUGUAUAGGAACAUUGUGAUUUUUAAAUUAUACCUUAUACGAUGAGAAAAUAAUGUAAAAUAUUUAGCUCUUAACUUAAAACCUAAUUCUAAUUGUACAUACUUUAGGAAGCUAAUAUAUGAGCAGAUUC